CCCAAAACAAAAAUCAGCUGAUUUUGGUAAACACAUCACGGAGCCUUACCACACGGCCCCAGGAACGUCAGGAAGUGCCACCACCGCCACACAUCACGCCUUACUCACAAGUGCUCUUACAGAACUCUAUACAUCUAGGCACACUCCAUGUAUCGUAAAGAAGAAUAAGACAUCUGUGCUUAAGAAUACUACAGUGAAGGUGUAGACGAACCGACUUCUGCGGCCGUCAUUAAAGUGACAAAGUCACUAGAAAUGUUUCUCGUGGGACUGACUGGCGGUAUAGCAACUGGCAAAAGUGCUGUUAGUGCCAUGAUCCAGGGCAUGGGCAUCCCUGUAGUUGAUGCAGACCUCAUUGCCAGGCAAAUUGUGGAACCUGGUAAAAAGGCAUGGAAGAAGAUCAGAGCAGCAUUUGGAGAUGAAGUCUUUUUAGAUUCUGGAGAAAUUGAUAGAGAAAAAUUGAGCAAGGUGGUAUUUUCUGAUGCAGAGAAGCGUAAAACCAUCAACAAGAUAACUCAUCCAGAGAUAUAUAGUGAAAUACGCCGGCAAGUUUUCCGCUUCCUUCUGAAAGGAGAAAAUUUUGUUGUCUUGGAUCUUCCACUUCUAUAUGAAAGCAAUAAAGUUACUCCUUACCUGUACAAAACAAUUGUAGUUGCAUGUGAUGAUGAAGUACAAUUGGAGCGACUAAUGGCUAGAAAUCAGUACACUGAAAAGGAGGCCAUUUCCCGCAUUGAAGCCCAGAUGCCACUUGAGAAAAAAUGCAGCAUGGCAGAUAUCAUCAUUGAAAACUCCGGAAGUUUAGAAGCUACCAGAAAGCAAGUAGUGGACAUUGUCAAUCUUCUUAGGUCCUCUAAACAGCACAUCUAUAAUCGUCUCUAUGCAGGAGGCUUUGUAGCUGCCACGUUAAUUAUUGUGUAUGUAUUACUAGUUUAUGUACUGAGAAUAUUAUAGAAUAAAGCCAAAUAAUGUGGUUAUUGAAAAAAAAGAGAAGUAAAUACUAAUGUAGUCAUUACCAACCAGUGCUAGAGUAAAGCAUUUUUUGCAUUUUAAAUGUUAAUAUACCUUUGUUCAACAUGUAUAGUACAUUUUUAUGUGUAAGAAUACCCUGGUGGAGUCUUAAAUUAACAAAUACUGAUAGUAGUAUUGUAGCUUAAAAUACAGAAUAUAAGCCAUGGAGAUGUUGUUCAGCUAGUUGUCGGUAUUUUUAAUAACUUUAAUCCUUUCCUGUCAUUUUAUCCUGGCUAAUGGUUUAUAAACGAAAUGUAAUAAUACUUGAAGACUAAAAAUAUUAAAGAAACGAAGUUUAUAAUCAUGGUUUUAAUUUUUUAAGAAAAUGGAUCAAAGUUAAAAACUUUAUGAUGGUAAAAGCUAACGAAUGUGUUACUGCUUUUACUGUACUAAAGAUUACUGAAUGUAUAGUUUGCCAUACAGCCCCCCCCCCCUUUCCAUCACAUACUUUCCAAAAUGUCAGCAUUUGCUAUGGAAAAGAGUCCAUUCUUAUCUAAAUAUUCACUUAAGUACUGUAUUUGUAACUACGUAUACAGUAUUUCUCUUUAUCUAGUGACGGUAAUAAUUUUUUAUGUUCUCUGUCACUGUGUUGCGUAGUGCUUCCCAUGAAACGACCCCCACAUCCAGUAUCAAAUUUCAUUUGCAUUCUACUGUUGGACAAGCACUCAAAUUAUCAUUGUUGCUAUUAAUACAGCUGAUAAAUAUUGAUUUUUUUUCCCAAUGGUUAAUAAGAUAUUUGCAUUUUUCAGUUGACAAAAGUUUGCCUGAAAUCACAAAAAACAAUUAUUGUACAUGAUUUGUAAAAUGUAUUUUAUAUGCAAAAAACAAAAACUUUUUACUAUUUGUUACCUGUAAGUAAAAUUGUUGUUAAAUUUAAUUUGUACUAAUACAGUGUCCAUAUUUUAUGUACAGUAGUUUAUAUUAUUUUUAAAGAUUAGUGAUAAGGGUACUUCAAUUAAUUUCCUUAUUAUUGUAUAUUGUUCUGUACCACACAAAACAAAAUGAAGUGAAUUAAAGAAAUCGGAAAACGA